CUAAACUCUAAAGGACAGUGUUGCUCCAACAAUGUCUGGGUUUGAUUAUUUGCUUAAGUAAUAAACAUUGUGUUGGAGCAGGAGUUGAGACUUUAUCAACUGGCCCAGCCUGAGCUUCUUUUUGUCCAACAAGCACACACGAUGACGACACCGGCUUCCAAGAAAACAUUGUGCUUAAGAAAUACAGCCGCUAUUUGCCUCAUAGGCUCCAUUCUGGCAUUUGCUUUGUAUUUUGAGCCUCCCUCUCCUGUUUGCCCCACUACAUUAUCUCAAGAGGAAUAUCAUCAGGUCAAGCAUCCACAUGAAAAGCCCAUAGUUCUGGUGUGGUUCUGGCCUCUCGGUAUUAAGUUUGAUUUCAAUGUCUGCUCAACAUACUUCCACAUUGAUAGCUGUGUUCUGACAGAUAAUAGAUCUCUCUACAGUAAAGCAGAGGGAGUCAUUUUCUACCAGAAAAAUAUACAGCGGUCUUUGCAUACAAUGCCGAAGGACCCCCGUCCAGCUUUUCAGAAGUGGAUUUGGUUCCAUGUGGAAUCGCCGACGAACACAUGGAGGACACCGAGUCUGAACAACCUGUUCAACUUAACGCUGAGCUAUAGAAGAGAUGCUGACAUCACCGUGAGGAAUGAGCUCACGAUCAGAAAGACAGAAAAUAAAGAUGACUUUGUUCUGCCCAAGAAAGACAAACUAGUGUGCUGGAUUGUUAGUAACAAAAACCCUGGAACUGGAACAGGUGUGAGAGAACGAUAUUAUCGUGAACUAUCCAAACACAUCAAGAUCCAACUGUUUGGUACAGCCUAUACAGGGCACCGUUUGAGUUAUGAUGACUAUUAUGCCACCAUUGCUAGCUGUAAGUUUUACCUCUCAUUUGAGAACUCAAUCCACAGAGACUACAUCACAGAGAAGGUUAACGGGCCCCUGGUGGCAGGGACGGUCCCAGUAGUUUUGGGUCCGCCAAGAGAAAACUACGAGCAGUUCCUUCCUGCCGAAGCCUUCAUUCACAUAAAUGAUUUCCCUGAUGCAAAGUCACUGGCAGACUUUCUGCUGAACAUGAAUGACGAGGCGUACGCACGUUACUUUGAGUGGAGGAAGUUCUUCACAGCCACCCCUCAUCUGCUGUCAACCAAGAAUGAAUUCAUUCAUCCAAUCUGCCUCGCCUGUGACCACAUGUCAAGAGACAAGGAUUACCAUGUAGUUCACGACCUUUAUGAGUGGUACUUUAGAAAACAGCAUUAAGAACAUAAUUUGAUAGCGGCUCACGCAUGCAGAUAGAUACUUGAGGAUUCUGCACACUGUAUUCUGUUUUAAGUAGUUGUGAUCGACUAUAAAGCCAUGGAAUUGUUUUAGUUUGGGAAUGUAUUGUCUCUGUAGUAGACAGUUAGCUUAGCU